AUGGAGGCGAAAAACUCUUGCAACCUUCAACAGCUUUCAUUUUCUCAUACUCCUACAAGCAAAUCGGGGAUCCGCAACGCUGAGAUUCGGAGCUCCGUAAUGCCCGGAUUAUGUGAUGAUGCACCAGAACAGUAUGAAGUUGAAUCCUCGGCCACCGGUCGAAGAGAAUGGGAGGGCUCUUUACCAGCUAGUGUUCCGGAAACAGGCCCAAGGAGUGCGGCCACGAAGGUCCAGAAGUUUUACCGAAGCUAUCGUACUCGUCGAAAGUUAGCCGACUCGGCUGUGAUUGCUGAAGAGCUCUGGUGGCAAGCCAUAGAGUUUGUACAAUUGAAUCACAGUACUGUAUCCUAUGUCGGCUUAUUGAAGCCAGAGACAGCAGCCUCGCGGUGGAGUCGUGUCAGUUUGAAUGCUUCCAGGGUGGGCAGGGGUUUGUCUACAGAUGACAGAGCAAAAACAUUGGCCUUUAACCACUGGAUUGAAGCUAUUGAUCCAAGGCACCGCUAUGGACACAGCUUACGUUUGUAUUAUGAAGUGUGGAGUAAAAGUACUGCUGCUUUUAAGACUGUAGUGUUGAGAGGUGAUUCCACCGUUGGUGGCAGAAAGUGGUGGUCGGCAUUGGCGGCCAAUGGGGCGCUCACGUGCUUGGAUAGGAUAUCUUACAAAUUUUAUAUGAAAAACAAACCGCAAGAGAGGGAAAAUUACGAAUACGUGGUGAUUGAUGGAAAAAUAUUGCACAAUAAAUCUGGAAAACCCCUAGAAACGAACACAGGAUCAACAGAGUUGAAAUGGAUCUUCGUGGUGAGCACAUCCAGGAAACUCUACAUUGGAGAGAAAAAGAAAGGAUCGUUCCAUCAUUCUAGUUUCCUCGCGGGAGGGGCUACUUUAGCUGCUGGGAGGCUCAUGGCAGAAGAUGGAGUGCUCCAGUGGAUCUCACCUUACAGCGGACAUUACAAGCCAACUGAAGAUUCCCUGGAGACCAUUUUAUCAAUUCUCAAGGAAAACGGAGUCAACCUGGAUGAAGUCGAGAUCAAGAAGGCAAAUGAAGAUUCUGAGAGUUCUGACAAUGGAAAAUUGACUAAAUACAUGUCUACAUUCGAACUUCCAUUUACAUCAGUUUCUGUUCAACCUUGUCUUCCCCAUGAAGAAGAAAGAAACCCGCCUAAAGAAACAAUUGAAGCAUCUCGAACUGAAGUUAAAGUUGAGUACAAGAGGGUUCUCUCCGGAGGUCUCCAGAGCCCUAGAGCGAACGUACCAAAGGAAGCAAUACUGCAAAGAAUUAACUCCAAGAAGGCUGCAAAGUCGUAUCAAUUAGGCCAUCAACUCCCGCGCCAAUGGUCAACAGGUGCUGGUCCAAGAAUUGGUUGUGUUGCAGAUUACCCUCCAGAAUUGAGGUCACAAGCUUUGGAACUUACUAACCUCUCUCCCGCAGUAUCUCCUUCAUCGUCUAUUCCUACAAUCCAACAAGCUUGUCAGCCGUCUCCUUCCGUUGAGGCAGAUACAUCCUCUAAGGUCAAUUAA